ACGUCACAAAUGACUUACAAAAAUAUGAGACAAACACCAAAUAUUCAUCAACAUAUAUAUCCAUAAACUGGUAUAAAAGUGUUGUCAAACUUCGUCAUUACUCUUGAAAACAGUUUUAUAACAAAUUUCAAGAACUCAUCCCUUCAUUACAUUUUGUAUAUCACUUCACAUUCAAAACUCAAAAAUGGCAACUGACAUAUCGGUGACCCGUCCCAACCACUACUACAACGACAACACCUUUAUAUACCCGGAUUACGCGGACGGUUGGUAUAUCCGGAAGGCGAAGAUCGCACCCAAUAAUAACGCCAGAGAUGUGUUGAUUGAUCUGAAGAUGAGGACAAUGAGAUUGGAUGGACAGCGCGAUUGCGAGCGAGGCCUAUAUUUGCCGCUUCAGACCGGAUAUAAGACAGAUAUGGUAUGGGAGGGACCCGUCGAGUACAAGACCCAUAAACCAAAGCACCAACACUUGUAUAAUAAGUACAGAUAAUUCACAUUUGUUUGUCUAUAUUUUAUUACAAAAUUCCUUUUGCUUUAUUGCCAUAUAUUCAUUGAAAAUUAAAAAUACCUCUAAAGUAAUUUUAAACAAUUUGUUUUCAACUAUACUAUUAAUGCUUAUUAAUUGUAAUAUUUCAUUGUCCAAAUAAAAUAAAUUUCAAAUUUUC